AGCCGGAAAAAGGAGUUGUAAAUAUUCAGAGAGAGAGUGAGGUUAGAUUUUACCAUUUCAAACUCGGGACUUUUCUUUAUUAUUUUUUUGUGAAUACCUAACACGUCGUCACCUGUUUUUGCAUUGCUCCCUAAGCCGAAAAGGCCCAAAAGUUCACUCCCUCAGUCUUUAAGAGUGUUUGGUGGUGUCUCUCAGAUCAGAUGUCCUCUACACCUCCUGUCCUACUAAACACCGGGGUUCAGAUGCCCCUCCUGGGUUUGGGGACCUACAAGUUGGUGGGCAGUGAAGAGGUGUACCAGGCUGUGGACGCAGCGCUGGUUGCUGGUUAUCGGUCCUUUGACACCGCAGCCGUCUACCGGAAUGAAGCUGACCUGAGCCGAGCCUUGAAGGAGCUCUUACCCAAAUAUGGCUUAACCAGAGAGGAUGUAUUCAUAACCAGUAAGCUUGGCCCCAAGGAUCAGGGUGAGAAAGCCAUGGAAGGAGCCCUGUGCAGCUUGUCCCAGCUGGACCUGGGUUACAUUGACCUCUACCUGAUCCACUGGCCCGGCACACAAGGUCUGGAUGUGGCUGACAAACGCAACCCAGGCAACCGAGCUCAGAGUUGGGCCACACUGGAGGAGCUGCAUGCCCAGGGGAAGCUGAAGGCCAUUGGAGUGUCAAACUACACAUCAGCACACAUGAGAGAACUGAUGCAGAGUUGCAAAGUCCCUCCUGCAGUGCUGCAGGUAGAGUUUCACCCCAAGCUAUUCCAGACAGAGCUGAGAAAAGUGUGCAAGGAGUAUGGAGUGUGUUUCCAGGCGUACUCCUCCUUAGGAAAAGGAGAGCUGAUCACUGACCCCGUGGUCUUGGAGGUGGCAAAGAACUGUAAACGCACUCCUGGACAGGUCCUCUUGCGUUGGGCUGUGCAGCAAGGCGUCCCAGUGCUUCCAAAAUCGUCAAAUCCAGAGCGAAUAAAGGACAACAGCAGGAUUUUUGACUUCACAUUGAGUGACAUGGACAUGGACAGACUGUCAGCUUUGGACUGUGGGCAAAAGUAUUGCUGGGAUUCAUCACAAGUUGCUUGAUCGACCUCAAUUUGAGCCCAGGUUGCCUUCCAGGAUGCUUUUUAAACGGUGUUGUUCUUAAGCUCCGCUGUCAGUAAUGCAGUGGUGGGGAACCACCAUCAGAAUGAUUGGGAAAUUAGAGUUGUACCAGAACUCAGUUCCUUAAACACAGUGGUAGAAUCAAGCAUUAUUUUACAAAACAUCAACAAUUAGAUUUUCCUGUUUGUUGCGACCCAUUUGCUAUAAAACACUGACCCUUUCCAGACAGAAGAUUUAUACUAAACAAAAAAGUAUUUUAUGUGCCAAAAUUUCAAUUUCAAUUUUCGUUGCUGCCUUACACUUCUUUACUCAUGUGGCUUUUGUGUUUCAAUUGUUCCCAUUUGAGUUGUCACUGUAUUACAACACGUUUGAGAUGAAAAGAUAUGCAGUUUUCAAAGUGUCCUUUUUACCGGAAUGUUAAAGAAGAAUCACACAAUUAAAAGACUUACUUUAAAAUCCCUCUUCUUAACUAUU